CAGGGAGAAGAUGCCAUGACGCCCACCCUCAAGGCCCUGCUCUGCCUCAGGCUGAGUGUGGGCCUCAGGACCCCAGUUCAGGCAGGGCCCCUCCCCAAACCCACCCUCUGGGCUGAGCCAGGCCCUGUGAUCCCCAGCGGGAGUCCCAUGACCAUCUGGUGUCAGGGAACACGAAAGGCUAAGGAGUACAUAAUUUGUAAAGAGGGAAGCCCAGCACCAUGGAAAGAACAGAAGCCAAAGGAGCCGGGGGACAAGGCCAAGUUCUUCAUCAGACGCAUGACAGAGCGUGAUGCAGGGAUAUAUCACUGUUACUACCUCAGCCCCACUGGCUGGUCAGGGCACAGUGACUUCCUGGAGCUGGUGGUGACAGGAUCUUACAGCAAACCCAGCCUCUCAGCCCUGCCCAGCCCUGUGGUGACCUCAGGAGGGAACGUGACCCUCCAGUGUGGCUCAGGGCAGGGAUUUGACAGGUUCAUUCUGACUAAGGAAGGAGAUCACAGGCUCUCCUGGACCCAGGACUCAGAGCCACAGCCCAGUGGGCAGUCCCAGGCCCUGUUCUCUGUGGGCCCCGUGACCCCCAGCCACAGGUGGACAUUCAGAUGCUAUGGCUGUUACAGGAACAGCCCCCAGGUGUGCUCACACCCCAGCGAUGCCCUGGAGCUCCUGGUCUCAGGUGAGCAGCCCCUCACCCUGUCUUUCUGCUUGUCAGCUCAGGGAAUGUACAGGAAACCCUCCCUCUCAGCCCAGCCAGGACCCUCAGUGGCCUGGGGAGCGACGGUGACCCUGCAGUGUGUGUCUGAGAUCUGGUUUGACACCUUCCACCUGCACAGGGAAGGGUCAUUGGACCCUCCCCAGCACCUCCAUCUGCAGGACACGUCUGCACCCUCUCAGGCCAACUUCACCCUCAAUUCUGUGAACUCAGGCCACCGGGGGACCUACAGGUGCUAUGGCUCACGCAGCACCUCCCCCUACCUGCUGUCACAUCCCAGUGACCCCCUGGAGCUGCUGGUCUCAGAAUCUGGGUCCCUGCAGUCCCAGCCCCGAAAUACUCCCCUAUAG